UUUCUUUAUAAGAAAUUAGAAAUUUGUUCCAUAUGAGAACUAUUGUCUGUACUGCAUGUGUUUUCUGGUAAUAGUAAUAAUAAUGGCCACAAUUUAUUACGCACUUACUAUUUGUUGGAAAAUGUGCCAAGGGAUAUGUAAUUCCGUUUAAUUCAUACAACAAUUCUGUGAAGUGUAGAUAUUUUCACCACUUUACAAAUGCGGAAACUGAGGCUUAGAGAGUCUCAUUUACCCAAGAUCAUGUAGCUAGUAUGUAGUUGAGCCACAUUUUGAACCCAGACCUUUUUUACUCCAUUAUUUUAAUCUGACGUGAAGUGAGUUGAAAAUUUAAGAAUAACGUGCCCCAUGAUUUUAAAUUCUGACACCCAAACCUGACAGUGAAUAGCAGUUAAUAGAAAACAGUUAAAUAGUAUGGUGGGCGUUGUUAUUGAAAAACACAUUAGAUGCACCCAGCUCUUAAGGUCAUGUGAGCUCCCAUUGUGAUAUCAGAGUAGAAAGAGACUCUCUGUACAUGUUCAUGGAAGAGUUCUUGGGGUCAGGCCACUUAAGAUCGAGCCAUCUGUCCACUCAAGGGCAAACAAAUUGAUUUAUGCUUCAGAAAGAAAUGCUGGUUAUUUGGUUUCCAUGUUUUUUCCGUGUGUUCAAAGGAAGCAGAGAUGGACUAGAAAAUGGCAUCAACCACAGCAUUGUGAAUUCCUUUGGACAAUUGAUGUCAUUUGUUAUUGUGCCCAGUUUCUACAAAUAAAAGAUGGGUGGAUUAUUUUCUCGAUGGAGGACAAAACCUUCAACUGUAGAAGUUCUGGAAAAUAUAGAUAAGGAAAUUCAAGCAUUGGAAGAAUUUAGGGAAAAAAAUCAGAGAUUACAAAAAUUAUGGGUUGGAAGAUUAAUUCUCUACUCCUCAAUUCUCUAUCUGUUUACAUGUUUAAUUGUAUACUUGUGGUAUCUUCCCGAUGAAUUGACAGCAAGACUUGCCAUGACACUCCCAUUUUUUGCUUUCCCGUUAAUUAUCUGGAGCAUAAGAACAGUGCUUAUUUUCUUCUUUUCCAAGAGAACAGAAAGAAAUAAUGAAGCAUUGGAUGAUUUAAAAUCCCAGAAGAAAAAAAUCCUUGAAGAAGUCAUGGAAAAAGAAACUUAUAAAACGGCUAAAUUAAUUCUUGAAAGGUUUGAUCCAGACUCAAAGAAAGCAAAGGAGUUUGAGCCGCCAUCUGCUGGAGCAGCUGUAACUGCAAGACCUGGACAAGAGAUUCGUCAGCGCACUGCAGCUCAAAGAAACCUUUCUCCAACGCCAGCAAGCUCUAGCCAGGGCCCUCCUCCACAGGUUUCAGUAUCUCCUGGACCACCAAAGGACACUUCAGCCCCUGGUGGACCCCCAGAAAGAACUGUUACUCCAGCCCUGUCGUCAAAUGUGUUACCAAGACGUCUCGGAUCCCCUGCUACUUCAGUGCCUGGAAUGGGUCUUCAUCCUCCAGGCCCACCUUUAGCAAGACCCAUUCUCCCCCGAGAACGAGGUGCUUUGGAUAGAAUUGUUGAAUAUUUAGUUGGUGAUGGUCCGCAGAACAGGUAUGCCCUCAUAUGUCAGCAGUGUUUUUCUCAUAAUGGCAUGGCCUUGAAAGAAGAAUUUGAAUACAUUGCUUUUCGAUGUGCCUACUGUUUUUUCUUGAAUCCUGCAAGAAAAACCAGACCCCAGGCUCCGAGACUUCCAGAGUUUAGUUUUGAGAAGAGGCAGGCAGUGGAAGGCCCAAGUUCAGUUGGUCACUUGCCCUCAGGAAGUGUGAUUUCAUCAGAGAACCAGAUCAGUGAAGAAUCUUUAGAAGAACAAGAUGUUCUUGAUAACAGUACAGAGCAGACAGAUGACAAAAUAUCAGAUACAGAGCAGACAAACCAAGUGACUGAAAAAGCAUCUGGCACAGAGGAACCGGAGAAGCAAGAAGAAACUGAGAAUGAGGGAACCUUGGUGAAAGAGGCCAAAUCAACAAUUCCCAGAGCUGAUUCUCUUCCUGAUUCUGAACUAAGUGGAGAAUCUUUGGUGACAAUGUAGUAAAUGCUUCCACGUGCCUUCAACUGGAUAUUUGUAGUCUUUUUUGAUGUCAGUGUUUGCUUUUUAGGUGGUGCAUUUUUCCCCCACUCUGAGGAUAUGCUUGAUAUCAUUUGAAUUCAGAUUGCCUGGCUGUUUCAAUAUGUCAGUUAUAUUUACUAGGUAUUAAAAUUAAAAGCAAGUGAUAUUAAUAAAGAAACUUUUGAAUGUACAAAGACCCACACUGUUUAGAGAACUUUUAGAUAUUUUUUUCCAUUCUAAAAGUAAACAAACAUGAUAGCAUUCUUGUUUUCUAUAUGUGUGACCUGUAAAUAAUAUCCGUUUUGACAUAGGAAGAAUUUUGGUUAGGAAUAAGUUAUAAUAGUGUUUGUUUUAAGGAAUGAAACUCAAUUAAGAUUUUUAAUACUUCAUCAUUAAAAAUGGAUAGAAUUUUAACUCUUGGGAUAUUUGCCAGGGGGAAAAAUGUCUACUUAGGCAUUUACAUUAAGCAGUAUGAAAAUUGUACCUGUAACUAUAUAGGCAUUGGUAUGAAUUCUUAGUAAGAAUGCAAUUGAACAGUCAAGUGCAGUGUUUCUUUUUGAUGUCAUUUUGCAGCUAGGCCAAAGGCACAUGAUGUAUAUAAUUAGCUUAUGUUUACAUAUGAACAUAUAGGAAAUAUCUCUGCACUUGACUGUACUUGAAUUCUGAGCAUUAUUUAUACUUGUAAAAUAAUGAUGAUAUUAUUAUAAGUGAAUUUUGUGUUCUUGUGUGUGUUUUGUUAAGGAAAAUAAAGAUGAUCUGGCAGCAGUUUCUUUUUGUUAAACAUCUAGACUUUUUCAGAUAGUGUCUUGGUGGAUGACUUGGCUACCUGAAAAAUCUUGGUAGGAAGAGCUCAAGAUAUAAUACAUCUGUAGGUUCUGCUGAGAAUAAAGUACAAUGCUUUCAUUCAGGCUUGUUACCUUUCAAAUUCAGAUAAUAGCGACAUUUAGAGGUUCUAAUCAGAAAUUAGGUUUUUCUGAUUCAGGAAAACCUUAGGCCAUUUGUAAUUUUUAGUUUGGAAAGACAAAUGAGUUUUGUGAGAAAAGGCAGCUACUGGUAAUUCAUUGGACUUAAUACGUGUGUUAAGGAUUAACUGGGAAAAAUUUUUGACCCAGAAUGGCAAUUCUUGGACCUUAAAUACAAUCUGGUUAUUUUUUUCUAUCUUCCUUUUAUCUCUCUUUUGCAUUAUUAAAAGAAAAUUGAAAUCACAUUAUUAUGCCAAAAGGAGGAAUAUAUAGGAAUGGUGUAUAUGGAAAAUACUUCUAACUUGUACACAGUUUAUUAAAAAUUUAAUAAAAUAACAUUUAUCAUUUAAAAAUUCA